UUUUGUUCCCAGCAUAGUCCUCUUUCCCAGAGAUUCCAAUGAAACAGCAGGUGGUUCUGUACCUAUAGAUACAUCCAAACCAGUCAAUGGAUCAUCAAGAAGUAGGAAGAAGUCUUCAAAUAUUGUUGUAAGAAUCAACUGUGACCAGGGUGGCUCUGGAUCUUAUGCAAGCAGCAGCAAUUGCCAGAGUUCAACGUUUUCCAAUCAGGGUGGUAGGAUCCGACCUCAGGGAGGUGUAGUAUACCAAGGAGUUAUCAAAAAAGGAUGCGGUGGUGGAACUGCUGGUGUCUACAACAAAUAUGGCUGCACUGAUAUGGGUAUUGACAAUAGCGGCAGCUCAUAUGGACAGUCUGUUUCAACUACCAAAGGAAAGGUGGUCAUAAUGUAUCCUCCUAGCAAGCCCUACCCACCUGAACGUACAUCGUACACAUCAAAACUUGCCAACUCUAAACAUAUUCAGAAUACCCAGUACACCGGUAAAAUACAAUCCCAGGGUUCAAGCCCCCAAAGUGGUGUCCGUAUUACCAUCCAGAGUGGACAACCUGGGCAGAUUUGUGAUAAAACUUCCCCCUUCUACAACAGCCAAGCCUGUAAAUUGAGUAUACAGUCUUCUACGUCACAGAGCGGUAGUUCUUAUGGAUCUCAGCAGGGUGGAUCCCCCGCUACAACUGGAGGGAGUGGACCUUCUGUUACAGUUGUUAGCAGUGGAUCUUCUAUAACAGUGAGCAACAGUGGAGCACCUAGUUCAGUUGGGAAGGGUGGAUCCUCUAGUUCAUUUGGUGGCAGCAGUGGAUCUUCUAGUUCAUUUGGUGGCAGCAGUGGAUCUUCUACUUCAGCUGGUGGCAGCAGUGGAUCCUCUACAUCAAGCAGUGGCAGCUCUUGUGGUCAGGGAUAUACAUAUGAUGGCAAUCCUUGUAAUCAAGGUGGGUCAUCUCAACAAAAUUAUGGAAGCAACCAGGGUGGAUCAUCAUCCCAGCAAACCUAUGGGGGAUCAUCCUCCCCAUCCUCCUCCUAUGGGACAAACCAGGGUGGGUCAUCUCAACAAAAUUAUGGAAGCAACCAGGGUGGAUCAUCAUCCCAGCAAACCUAUGGUGGGUCAUCUCAACAAACUUAUGGAAGCAACCAGGGUGGAUCAUCGUCCCAGCAAACCUAUGGAAGUAGCCAAGGGGGCUCAUCAUCCCAGCAAACCUAUGGGACAAGCCAGCAAACUUAUGGAACAAGCCAGGGUGGGUCAUCGCAACAAAAUUAUGGAAGCAACCAGGGUGGAUCAUCAUCCCAGCAAACCUAUGGUGGAUCAUCUUCCCAGCAAACCUAUGGGACAAACCAGGGUGGUUCAUAUACUCAAGGCGGCCGCAAUCCUUGUGAUGGGAGCACUUAUUCUGGUAAAAUACUCAGCAAUAGCAACUGUCCACAGGGCUCCCAAGGUGGGAAGAUCUAUGGCCAGGGCUCCCAAGGUGGGAAGAUCUAUGGCCAGGGCUCCCAAGGUGGGAAGGUCUACAACCAGGGUAACCAAGGUGGAAGGAUCUAUGGCCAGGGUACUCAAAGCAGUCAGUAUGGUUCACAGACUUCUGGAAGUUACAGCAGCAAUAAUUGUGAUGAAGGGGAUGUCUCUACUUAUGGUGCAAAGGCUCUGAGUUCAGCAAACUGUAGAGGCAAAAGGGAUGUAGCAGCUCAAGAAGCAUCUAAUGAUUUCAUCAGAAAGAUUCUGAAAGGAAAAGCUGCAUCUCGUGCUCUGAUCAGAAAGACUCGGAAUGAAAAAGCCCGGGCUCUGAUCAGAAAAUCUCGGAGUGAAAAAAAUGAAUCCUCUAAUUCCCAAAGCUUCAGUACCAAUAGCCAGGGUGAAACCUUUUCUAGCAAUGAAAACCAUUAUGGCCAUGACGGUUCAUUUAUGGUGUAUGCCAAUGGGCAGGGAGAGUGUGUUUGUCCUAGUGCUCAGGGAUCAUCUACCACAUAUGGCUACAGACCUUAUAACCAGGGUGGAUCGAGAGGAUCAUAUGGCCCAGGCAGCAGCCAAUAUGGACAGGGUGGACAAUAUGGUGGUGGCAGCCAAUAUGGACAGGUUGGAAGAUAUGGUAGUGGCAACCAGUAUGGACAGGGAUCAUCUACCACAUAUGGCUACAGACCUUAUAACCAGGGAUCAUCUACCACAUAUGGCUACGCACCUUAUAACCAGGGAUCAUCUACCACAUAUGGCUACGCACCUUAUAACCAGGGAUCAUCUACCACAUAUGGCUACGCACCUUAUAACCAGGGAUCAUCUACCACAUAUGGCUACGCACCUUAUAACCAGGGUGGAUCGAGAGGAUCAUAUGGCCCAGGCAGCAGCCAAUAUGGACAGGGUGGACAAUAUGGUGGUGGCAGCCAAUAUGGGCAGGGAGGACAAAGUGGGUCAUAUGGUGGCAAUAGUCAAUAUGGACAGGGUGGACAGAGUGGGUCAUAUGGUGGCAGCAGCCAAUAUGGACAGGGUGGACCGAGUGGGUCACAUGGCAGCAGCAGUCAAUAUGGACAGGGAGGACAGAGUGGGUCAUAUGGUGGCAGCAGCCAAUACGGACAGGGGUCGUAUGGCGGCAGCAGUCAAUAUGGACAGGGAGGACAGAGUGGGUCAUAUGGUGGCAGCAGCCAAUAUGGACAGGGAGGACAAAGCGGGUCAUAUGGUGGCAAUAGUCAAUAUGGACAGGGUGGACAGAGUGGGUCAUAUGGUGGCAGCAGCCAAUAUGGACAGGGAGGACAAAGCGGGUCAUAUGGUGGCAAUAGUCAAUAUGAACAGGGUGGACAGAGUGGGUCAUAUGGUGGCAGCAGCCAAUAUGGACAGGGUGGACCGAGUGGGUCGUAUGGUGGCAGCAGCCAAUAUGGACAGGGAGGACAGAGUGGGUCAUAUGGUGGCAGCAGCCAAUAUGGGCAGGGUGGACCGAGUGGGUCGCAUGGCAGCAGCAGUCAAUAUGGACAGGGUGGAUCAUAUGGUGGCAACAGCCAAUAUGGACAGGGUGGACAGAGCGGAUCAUAUGGUGGCAACAGCCAAUAUGGACAGGGUGGGUCAUACGGCAGCAGCAGCCAAUAUGGACAGGGUGGACAGAGCGGAUCAUAUGGUGGCAGCAGCCAAUAUGGACAGGGUGGACAGGGUGGUUCAUAUGAUGGCAGCAACCAAUAUGGACAGGGUGGAUCAUACGGUGGCAACAGCAGCCAAAAUGAACAGAACUCCACAACCUCAGGAAGCAGUCAGGCUGGUGGGAAGAACUCUUCUUCCUCAGGAGGCAGUCAGUCUAGUGGACAGACGACACAGGGUGGGUCCUCAUCGUCAUCUGGAGGCAGGCAGUCUGGUGGACAGGGAGAAUGUUAUUGCCCAGGAGGGGUUCCUGGUUCCUAUGGUGGACAAAGCAGCCAGUAUGGUGGUCAACAAGGUUCUCAGUCAUCAUAUGGCCAAUAUGGCGGUGGACAAGGCAGCCAAUAUGGUAGCAGCAGUCAAUAUGGCGGCGGACAAGGCAGCCAAUAUGGUAGCAGCAGUCAAUAUGGCGGCGGACAAGGCAGCCAAUAUGGUAGCAGCAGUCAAUAUGGUGGCAGACACGGCAGUCAGUAUGGUGGCAGCAGCCAAUAUGGUGGCGGACAAGGCAGCCAAUAUGGUGGCAGCAGCCAAUAUGGUGGGAAACAGGGCUAUAGCCAGUAUGGUGGAAGCCAGUAUGGUGGUGGACAUAGUUCCAACUCUGGAAGUAGCCAGUAUGGUAGUGGACGAGGCAACCAAUAUGGUGGACAAGGCUAUUCUCAUUCAGGAAACAAACAUGAUUCCAAGACUAAUGCUGGGAAACAGUCCACCUCCAGCCUGGUGCUUAUCAGUGUUCUGAGUGCCUUUGCUGUCUCUUCUUCAGUUGUAUCUAAAUGGUUGAUAUGAACUUCUCAAGCCAUACCAAGGAAAUGAAUAUAAUACUAUUCUCCAACAUACUGCUAUUUUCUGUACAAAAUGUCAGAGUCAAGUUUAUGGAUUGAUAAAGUAUCUCUUUCUUCCCCACCCCCAUUAACACCAUAAUAUGCCAUGUUUCUGACUUAGAUAUCUGUUUUAGUCCGCUGUACUUUUAUCCUACCAUAUUGUGUAUAAUAUGAUGUGGGUAUAUUCAUCUCUAGAAAUAUGAAAUCUUAUUUGUCUCGGGAUGUAAUUAAUUCCUCAUUUGAAUUUGGUCUGUAUAGAAAACUAAAUUCUGAAGAAUUUAAGAGGCCAAGAUUGGGACUUUGGCUCCAAGCAAGAUGUGUCCCGCACUGUUUUAAUACAAGGUGGGGGAGCAGGAACAAGGGGUUCACUUAAAUGAUAGCUUCAGGGUAAGGACAGACAGCCUCCAGUGGGACUGAAUCUAGCUCCUGGAUAAGUAAGCUGCUGCUCACCUACCAUUUGAUAACAAUUGUUAUCAAUUUAUUUUUUUAAAGAUGUUCAGACCCUUGCAGAAUGUAACUCAAGAAUCUUUCCUUUGAAAGGCCUCUCAGCUGGGAUGAGGACAUGCAUUUUGAGAAGGCUGGUCCUAAAAAUAAAAAUGUUAAGUAUUUCAAAAAUAUAUAGCCUUCUUGAAUUCAUUUUCUAGGAACAUACUUCCAUGGAGAAGUGUGAUAUUUUAUUUGCACAGUGCCAAGCACACAUGAUCUAAAUGAAAUAUUUCUAAAUGGUUAAUGUAUUGUUUCUGAGAUGUACCCACCAGUAUAAUAGGUUUUUUCCUGUAAUAGUAUAACAUGCUUUGUUGUUGCAUUUUUUAAAAAUUCCAAGACUAUCCAAAAGAACUGUAUGCAGUAUUACAGUUUAAAGCUAUGCCAAUCCUAUAUAGGCACAUGGAUUUUAAUGGGUCAUGAUUUGUAUAGAAUUGGGUCUUCACAACCUUAUUAACUUAAUUAAGCCAGAAUACAGUAUUGUCAAAAGUCAGUGACCUGAUGAAGAAAAUUACUCAUAGUAGUCCCAUUGAAAUUAAAGACCAGUUAAGCAAUGCAACUGGCUUACUGUCAGCCAGUGUGUUUAUUAGCCACUUCCAGCAUAUCUGGAUUGAGUGGACUGAUUAUAAACAUACUCCUGUAAUUUCAUACCACACAAUCAGAAUUCAUAAAAUAUUAAACAAUAAAAAUUGAUCCUAAAAGCCUUACAGUGAUGUCCAUAAGGGAGAAAAUUCUGCACUUUGGAAACUAAAGGUACAAUUCAAAGGACUCCAAACUGAAGCUAAAUUCCAUUGAAAUUCAGUGGCAAUGUAAUAAUGAAAUCCUAAGCAUGUUACUCAGAAGUAUGUGAAAAUUAAUAUAAUAGUCAAAUGUGUGCUUAGGAUCAUAGCCUUACCAUUCUACUGGGCUGAAACUCUUCCACCUUGCAACUUCAUGGCAUUUUUCAUUGCUGUUUUAUAGUGGAAUGUGGUUGUGGCAAAACUCCAUUUUUUAUUUUUGAAUGAUGAUUUUAGGAUUCUACCCAUCAGGCUUACAGUAUACACAACAUAUACCAAUAUAUACAGCAUUAAAAAUCCUUUAGGAUGUAAUAUACUAUGCAGUGUUAAUUUGAAUAGAUGUUCAAUUGCUCCAAUAAAUUUACCCUUGAUUUCAUACAAAUUGCCAUGCUUAUGUAAUUUGUUGUUCUUAUAUUUUCCCUAACCAUUUGCAAGACGAUAGGGAGGAAGCCAUAUUAUGUGAGUUUCAUAAAAUUUCUGUAAAAGAGGAUGUGCAAGUUUGAUAAGCUAGAUUUCCUGGAUAUAUGUUGGAACAGGAAUGACUUAAAGUUUACCUAAGGGAAUGCAAGAGUAGUAUUUUAAGGGCACUUUCAUACAGUUGCUUCUCCAGCAAUCAGAACACCAGAUUAAAAGUUAGAACAUGAAGAAUCUCAAGGAAUGUUACUACAGACCCCAAAUGUUACCUCAGUCUGCCUGAUUAGGACCAAAUUUGGUAUAGCUGAAGGGACAACUCAAUAGUGUAGCUUGUUGUGAUGAUAUACACCCCAGUUCAAGAUGGUGGACACAUGAAUGUUGGAGGCACAAAUAGGAACCAAUUUCAACUAAAUUUAGUACAGUUCCAGUGACACAUAGCAAAAUCUCAAUGGUGUCAUUUGUGAUGAUGUCAUCCACCCCAAUUCAAAAUGGUGAAUGCAUGAAUGUUUGAGGCAGAAGUGGGCUAAAUUGUGAAGAUAGUAAUUAUCAAUUAAGAUUAUAGUGAAAGGAAAGUAGGCAAAGUAGUUCUUCUUACUAGAACUUCUUGUUACAUGAUGUUGAUGUUGUAGGAGCUGUUGCGGAGUGCCUCCUUCCAAUGUGGACCCUAGUUUAGAGGUGACACGUAGUGAUCUAAAAUUGCUUAUCUGUGCAAAAUUCCACAUGGCUGGCUUUAUAAAUAAACCAAGCCCUGAGAGCUGAGGUGCACCUAGGUAAUUUUGGAGCCUGGAAAUAAAGGCCUUUGGAGGCCCUCCUGAUAUACUCAGAAAACCAAUUUCUUACUGAGAGGUUUAAAACACACUAUAUGAUAAGAACUUAAUUAAAGGUUAUCUCUGGAAUUUCCUCUCUAGCCCCAACUGUUAUCUCUGAGACUUCCUCUGUAGCUCAACCAUUAUUGUUAUUAUUUACCUACAAGUGAGAUAAUGUAAUCAUCAUGUAAUUACUUGCCUACAUGAUCUGUAAAGUAUAAAAGUCUGUUGUAAAUGAUGCUCGGGGUUCUGGAAUUUAGGCAAUAGCCGACCAGAACCUUUGCUUCUGCAGAGCAAAUAAUAAAGCCUUUUA